GAGUCGUCAAUAGAUGAACAAGCCAAUAGCAACUCAAGUCAAUCACAGUUCAAGAGACGCGAGAGAAUCCAAAAGCGGACUUGUUUGGUGUUGUUAUGCAAGAGCUUCUAAAGUCGCACCAUAAUGAGACAAUUCUCCGAAUUUACCACCAUGUUCUCCCUAUCUGAAUUACCUUCACCAGGGGAUGUUGUCAUCGUAACUGACCAACUCUUAUCUCCCGCAGACUUUGUGAUACACAAAACAAUAUCGUCACAUUUCAAGGACGUCGGAAAAGCGAAAUGCCUGUUCCUUUCCGUCUCCGAGUCCUUGGCGAGACUGAAAGCCAUUGCUGCAAAAUCUAACGUCAAUCUGGCUCAACAUUUGCAAUCGGGCUCGUUUGCUUUCGUGGAUGUCGGAUCUUACAUCGAACCUCCAAUUGACCGCGCACACUCAUCUCACCAGACUCUUCUUCGGCCGCUUUUCGAUCUGACGAGUGAGAGGCUCUCAGAAUGGUCGGAUGAGGGAGCUACUCCUCUCGUUGUGCUUGACAAUAUCUCUGCUCUUGAAUGGAUUGGGUUCCCAGUAUCAGAUAUUCUGCGAUUCCUUCGCGCUCUGUCUGCUCUCUGUAGGAAGUCAAAUGUCGCUCUGUUGAUCAGACACCAUGUAGCCACGCCAGCAGAACCGGAUGAUAUCACCCGCCUUCUUUACCAACUCGGGACGUAUCACUUGGAGGUGUUACCUCUUAGCACUGGCCGGAGCGGAUCCGUUAGUGGCCAGAUUGCCUUACAUCCAGGACCCGGUAUCAGCCAGCCAGUUCAACGACCUAUUCCUCGAAGCUCCGCAGUUCAGUAUCGGCUGACAGACACGAGCGUUGUAUUCUUCGAACGAGGAACAGGGAGCACGGUAUUAUGAGCUGCACCCAAACAUAUAGUCUCGUGAGGCUGCGCACUCGGAGUGCAUUGCAUUGGUCGAAGAUUGGCGAAGAUACCUGACAGUUCCCGCGUCGAAAGAACCGGCGCCCCUACACAGGAGGUCCGACGCGUUGCAAUAACUGUUUCCGUAACAUGAUCGCCUACUCGAUUAUCAGAUUACUUGGAGCGGGGCGUAGUAUUUCAGCCAGACAUAAGGAAACGCAUAGGUUGUGGGUAUUCAAGGACAUCUUCAUAACGAUCGCUACAGGCAUAGCAGGUACAGUAUAUACGUUGCGCAAAGUAGCAGUGUAUGAGUGCUCACUACAGUGGAGAUAGUUAAGACCGUCGCAAUCUCGAAUAACUACUGAUAGCUAAAAAAAGAAACAUAUAUAGAUGUAAACUCAACCAUCUGUCCAAAGGAACUAGCUAUUCGCUCUUGAUCAG